ACGCGAGCACCCUCGUCCACACCCCCUCAGCCCGCUCCCCUGCCUGCCUUCGAUCCCCACCACCAGCCAGCGCCGAUGCCGCGGCGAGCGAUCGAGGUCCGGGCCGACGGCGCCGCGCCCAAGUGGUGCAUGUCGCUGCUGGAGAACACCUUCACGGCGUUCCUCAAGUCCCCCGGCGCCGACGCCGACACCAAGGCCGUGUUCGCGGAGGGCUCCCUGUUCAGCCCCUACCUGUUCGGCAAGUUCUUCGACCCGGCUGAUGCGUUUCCGAUGUGGGAGUUUGAGUCCGACGUGCUGCUCGCCGCGCUCCGCCGCGGCGCCCGGACCACCGUCGACUGGGCCGAGAACGACUGCGAGUACUGCCUCAGAGCCGACAUACCAGGUGGAAGAAAGUGCGACGUGGAGGUAAGCGGCGACGGCGCAAAGGUGGUGGACGUGAGCGGGCUAUGGCGGGCGCCGCCGGCGGACGGCCGGGACUGGCGCGCCGGCCGGUGGUGGGAGCACGGCUUCGUGCGGCGCGUGGAGCUGCCGGAGGACGCCGACGGGGGCAGGGUGGAGGCCUACUUCGACGACGGUGCGGGGUUGCUGGAGAUCAAGGUCCCUAAGAGGAGCAGCGACACGCACCAACAAGCCUGAGAGAACCGGAACCUCUCGACGCCCGCAACUGGAUUGGAUCAGACUAACCGGAUGCAUUUGCCGGUGAAAGGCAAUUAUUCUCCUUCUGAUGUGAUGAUGAGCAGUUGAUGGCGACUGAAAAGGCCGCGUAAUCUCGGUAGAAAUUCGGAAAGAUAUGGCUGAGACGAAAAGGAGCGAGGAUUACCUAUCUAUCCAUUGCAUGAUGUUGCAAAUCCAAUGUAGUAGUAGUAAAAUAUGUUCUUCAGUUCCACUGUGAAUAAAUGACUAAUUAAUCAGCA